AUGGCGCGCAAAACGCUCGAUCGCGCGCGCGCGGCCGGCACUCUCAUCGCGUGCGCGCCGCGCGUGGUGUCGCCGAAAACGUGCGAUUUAAUCGAGUCAACUUUUCCCGCGUCUUCGCACGACCGCGCCGAGCUGCUGUCGCGCCUGAUCGCUCUGGGUCUGCUGCAGUACGCCCAACACAUGGCGAGCUACCGCGCGUGGCGACACAGCGCGCGAGCGUGGGGGGAGAUCGCACGAGGUGACGCGAAGGGGACGUUUUGGGCGAUCGCUCGCGCCUUUGGCACUUUCGCGCUCGUGGCGGAACCGUUGCGGUUGUCGCGUCGUACGUACAGGGCACUGUUGCGACGAGAGCUGGCGACGCGGUUCGGGGGCGACGUAGUGAACGCCAUGCUCACCGACGAGGCGCUGGCGAGCGCGAAAGAUGAGCCGAUCGAGAGCGCACGCGAGGCGGCGGCUUCGGCGGCGGUUGGAGCGCCGGCGUUUGCGCGCGCGGCGCUCGAUGCUGCGGCAGAUGGGAUCGAGGCGUGCGUGGCGAUGGUAUAUCACGCGCAGUGUCUGUUUCAAAGCUCGUUCUGGAGCGCGCCAGUCUUGAUUGGGAGCGCGUUGAUCGGGCAAGUUGCGCAGAAUGCGCGGACCUUUGACGGAUAUGAGGCGAAGAAGGAGGCGCAUCGAGCGGAAACCGCGACGGCCCGACUUCGAGAACUGCUGGCGCACGCAAGGACAGAUGGCGAAGCGAUCGCACUUGCGAACGGGGCGAUCACCGAAGCAGAAGAAGCGAUGGCCACAUUGGAAGCGGGGCAAGAGUUUGUGUAUAGACGGGAAGUUUUGAACGCUCGAGCGAGUUUCCCGUCCGACGUGUACGAUGCUGCGGCUAACUUGUUGCCCGUGGCGACCGUGCUUCCGCGUCUCGUACGAGGAGUCUCGGUGAACGCAUGGGAUAUUCAAGUCGCGAUGUCAUCUUUUAACGGCAUUCGCGCCGCACUCGCCGUGCUCGUACAGAACAUGUCUACUCUGCGAACGGCGGAGCUGCACGCGGGGCACGUUUCCAAUUUGUACGACGCCCUCGACGUAUCCACAGUGCGUGGGCUCGCGGGUGACAACGAAAGCGGCGGCGCAAGCGUGCGUGUCGACACUCCGGAAGAUGACAUGUCGCUCGUCGAAGUGGAUUCGUUGAGUUUGCGCGGAUACGAUGGGCAAGAAAUCAUUCGAGGGCUCGACUUCGUGUUGUGUCGCGGCGACUCGCUUGCCGUCGUCGGUCCUGCAGGGUGCGGUAAGACAAUGCUCGUGAAAGCACUUGUGGGUCUAUGGAGCUAUGGUUCAGGUAGUGCGCGAGUCAUUCAUCGAUCUCGCGUGUGUGUGCUAUCGAGGAAACCUUACUUCCCCAAAGGUUCUCUCCUCGAUGUGUGCUUGUAUCCGACAUCCUCUGCGGAUAUUGGAACCGACACUCGUGAACUGCUCACUGACGCCAUGGUAGCCCUCGGGCUCGGAAGACACAUCGAUUACUUGGACGCGAUUGCGCCUUGGGGCGACAAUCUUAGUCCAAGUGAGCAGCAGCGCUUUGCGGUUUGUCGAGCAGUCGUGAAUAGAGUCGACUUAUGCGUGCUCGAUGACGCCACUUGUGCGAUGGAUCCAAAAGAUAGAGCCGCAUCGUAUGACGUUCUCAAGAAACAUGUAAGCGGUAUUUUGAGCCUCGGUGACGAAGUGUCGCUGCCGAAGCAUCACUCUAGGACACUUCGCGUUCGUUCUGACGGGACGUUGGGCGAUUUUGAGGAGAUGGCAUCGCCGGUAACGUCAUCUCGCAUCAACGUUAGAGAUGUGGCUCGAGAAGCCAUAGGAGAACCCCUCGUCGAUGUCGCCUCCGAAGAAAGCGAUUCGAGCGCUUCAGGUUUCAAUCCGCUUCAGAUGGAGGCAAACCGCAGAGAGAACCAGUUUAUUCGUCGACAGAAGAAAAAUGUCGCUCGUGCGCUCGGCGUGAAUCCCCAAAAAUUCGGUGUGGUUCCGACUCCUACCAAAUCGACGAAAGGAAAGCCCCUCGCGUUCGACCCACUCGCGUAG